ACAGUCAACCAUGACCACCAACAUCUCCAAGAAAAGGAAGUUUAUUGCGGAUGGUGUCUUUUAUGCCGAGCUGAACGAGCUCCUGACGCGUGAGCUGGCUGAGGAUGGGUACGCCGGCGUAGAAGUUCGUGUAGUGCCCCUUCGCACAGAAAUCAUUAUCUCAGCCACGCGUACGCAGAAUGUGCUGGGUGAGAAAGGCCAGCGCAUUCGCGAGCUGACUACGGUGAUCCAGAAACGCUUUAAUUUUCCCGACGGUGUCGUUGAACUUUUUGCUGAGAAGGUAGCAUCACGAGGACUCUGCGCACAAGCCCAGGCCGAGUCUUUGAAGUACAAGCUGCUGGGGGGCCUGGCGGUCCGACGAGCUUGCUACGGCGUGCUUCGUUUUGUGAUGGAGCAGGGUGCCAAGGGUGCCGAGGUCAUUGUCUCGGGCAAGCUCCGUGCGCAGCGUGCCAAGAGCAUGAAAUUCCAGGACGGGUACAUGAUCAAGUCCGGGCAGGCGAAGCGAGAAUACGUGGAUUACGCAGUGCGGCAUGUGCUGAUGCGUCAAGGUGUAUUGGGUGUCAAGGUGAAAAUCAUGCUGCCGCACGACCCUGCUGGCAAGAUUGGCCCGAAAGCUAAAUUGUCGGAUGUGGUGAAUGUGCUGGAGCCCAAGGAGGAGAUCGAAUUGCCUGUUCCCGAGCCAGUAACGAUGUCAUACGGGGGGAUGGGUGGGAUGGCACCCGCACCCAUGGCUUCUUACUGAGGAGCGAAGGAUGAAAGGGAUUGAGAGGAAGACUGCCCUAUGCAGAAGAUUGCUUUGGUAGCUUGUCGAUCUGGAACAUCAUUUACAAGCUGCUGGCAUGUCAUCUUCUUGUUUGGCGUGAAGAGGUGUUGCUGCAAGGGAGGUUAGAAGGAAGACUCGAAGUUUCAAGGAAAAGAAAAGAAAAUCGGGCAUUCGAAGAUUCAACAGGAAA